GACCAUAGUGUUGCAAUAAAUACGACACAGUACACCACUCUUUCUCCACAAUUCUUGAUCACCCGAAACAUGAGGACCAGCAACCACUUGAUUGGAGUACUGAACUUCUUAACGUUCCUGGUCUCAGUUCCGAUCCUAGGCGGCGGAAUAUGGCUGAGCAGCAGGGCCAACAACACCGACUGCAUGAGGUUCCUGCAGUGGCCAUUGAUCAUCAUCGGGAUCACCAUCAUGGUGGUGUCCUUGGCGGGUUUCGCCGGCGCGUGUUACCGCAACACCUUCCUAAUGAGACUCUACCUGGUGGUCAUGUUCAUCGUCAUCGCGGUCCUCAUAGGCUUCAUAGUGUUUGCCUACGUAGUCACCGAAAAAGGGUCGGGCCAGGUGGUGCCGAACCGGGCCUACUUGGAUUACUACCUGUCGGACUACUCGGGCUGGUUGGAGGAGCGGGUCGCCAGUGACUCAUAUUGGCCCAAGAUAAGUUCUUGUAUUAGGGAUUCUAAGGUCUGUGCUAAGCUUUCUGCCGUUCCUGAAACUGCUGAUAUGUUCUACCAAAGAAAACUUUCUCCCAUUCAGUCUGGUUGUUGCAAGCCGCCAACAGAGUGUGGGUAUGUGUACCAGAACGAGACAGUGUGGAACCAAGGCGGAGGCCUGGUUGGAACUGACCCUGAUUGCAGCCGGUGGAGCAAUGACCAGCAGAUGCUCUGCUACUCGUGCGACUCUUGCAAGGCCGGCGUCCUCGCCAGCCUCAAGAAGAGCUGGAGGAAGGUCUCUGUCAUCAACAUUGUUGUCAUGAUCAUCCUUGUCAUCCUCUAUGUCGUCGCUUACGCCGCCUACCGCAACAACCGCCGGAUGGACAAUGAUGAGCCCUACGGUCAAGCAAGGAUGACAAAGACACAACCUAGCGCCUUUCAUCUCUAGCUCUCAUAAUCAAUAUCGUUUCUUAGUUAAACUACAAAGCAUAAAGAUUGUAACUUUUAUCUGGUUUCAUUGUGUAAUUGGGUUUAUUAUGGAUGAUGUGUUAGAUUUCUGCUUUGAGGGGAGUAAUCAUUUCAUCAUUUUGUAAAUUACUGAGAAUGAGAUUAUGAAUUGACAGCCUUGUUUGUAGAUUGAAUUAGUAGAAGUACUUUAAUUAUUCAUAUAAAUCCAUAAAAGAGUGAUAUGUUUCACAGACUCCCCUCUGUACGAUUGUUUUGAAAAUUGAGCAAAAUAACUUAAA